AUGGCGCCCAAAUCAUCAGAUUCGCAGCAGAGCCUUCUCCAAUCGGAACCCACAAACGGCUCAAUCGAUCCGGCAUUCCACCUCAUCAGAAUCCUCCCUUACUCGUUCCUCCGCGCGCCGCGCCUCCGCCUCAAGCUCCCAUCCCUCAGCCUCCCUUCCCCGAUGACGGUCUUCUCCCUCGUCCUCCUCACCUACUUCAUGGUCGUCUCCGGCAUCGUCUACGACGUCAUCGUCGAGCCGCCGGGAAUCGGAUCGACCCAGGACCCAGUCACCGGCACAGUACGGCCCAUCGUCUUCAUGUCCGGCAGAGUCAACGGGCAGUACAUCAUCGAGGGCUUGUCGUCCGGUUUCAUGUUCGUCCUCGGCGGUGUCGGGAUCAUUCUCUUGGAUCUCGCGCUGGACAAGAAUCGGGCGAAGAGCGUCAAGGUUUCGUACGCCUCCGCUGGGGUUUCAUCCAUCGUGCUUGCCUAUGUGAUGAGUAUGCUCUUCAUCCGCAUUAAGAUCCCGGCUUAUUUGAGGUGA